AUGAGGCUGGCAACUCUAUCUGCCCUGGCCCUGGCCGCCAGCUGUGCCGCGCAGGAUAUGUCCAUAAACAUGAUGGGUACUCUGAUGAGUCUCAAGACUGCCCAUCAUGAUGUCAAGAAAUCCGCCGGUGUCUUUAGGGAAGGUGCCUACGAGUCCAUGGGCGCUACCAAGUGCCAAAAUGGCAAGGCUGGCGAGUAUUCCUGCAAAAAUAUUGACCUCCUGGGAUCCCUUACGCACGAAGCGAUGGGGAGCACAACCCGAGAAGGCAACGAUGUUUGGGGAUGGACGUCAGAUGAUGGCCGUGAGUUUGCCAUGGUAGGACAAACCGACGGAACCGCCUUCGUUGAAGUCCUCAAGGGCGGCUCCCUCAAAUAUCUUGGCCGUCUGCCCACGCAAACCACACCAGCCAUCUGGCGAGAUAUCAAAGUCAUCGGCUCCCACGCCUACAUCAGCUCUGAAUCCCCCAACCACGGCAUACAAAUCUUUAACCUGACCAAGCUGCUCACCAUUGGCAACAAGCCCAAAGUCUUUGACAUCAAGUCCGACCUAACAGCACGCUUUGACCUCGUCGGCAGCGCGCACAACGUCAUCGCCAACAAAGAAACAAGCACGAUCUACAUCGUGGGCGCCGAAACAAACGCCGCGUGUAAAGGCUCCAAUGGCGGACUUGUCAUGAUCGACGUCAAAGACCCAGCUAAGCCUAAACUCCUUGGAUGCGCCGGCCAGGACGGCUACAUCCACGAUGCUACGUGCAUGACCUACCGUGGAAUGGAUAAGCAGUUUUACGGGCACGAAAUCUGCCUCACCUUUAAUGAAGACACGUUUAACGUGUACGACGUGACGGACAAGAAGAACCCUGUCAUCGUCUCCAAGUCUACAUACGACGGGUUCGAAGGAAAGGGAGCGUACACCCAUCAGGGCUGGGUUGUCGACAAAGACUACAACUACCUCCUCCUUGAUGAUGAACUAGACGAAGAGUACCGGGGUCGGAAGGGAGGGGACACCCGCACCACGACGUACAUUUUCGAUAUUUCGAGCCUCGCAAAGCCCAAGUGGACGGGGAAGUAUAAGAGUCCCGUUUCCGCUAUUGAUCAUAAUUUGUACGUUGUGAAUGGACUCGCGUACAUGGCCAACUAUGGCUCUGGCCUACGCGUUGUGGAUGUUUCCAGGCUGGCGGAGGAUCCUACCGGUGGUAAUAUGAAGGAGGUGGCUAACUUUGACUGCUGGCCGGAGGAUGAUGACGAUCCUCAAGCUGAGUUUAGUGGUGCGUGGAGCUCGUACAUGUGGUUCAAGUCUGGUACAGUUAUUCUCAACUGUAUUGAGAGGGGUGUAUUUGCGCUCAAGGUGAAUGUAUGA